GACCAUCUGUUUACAUCAACCUCAGCAGUACUUUUGAUUUUUGCAAUUAUAUGUAUAUAUAAGAGUAAGAGGAAGUAAUCAUGCUGAAGGCUGUUAUUCUUAUCGGAGGUCCUCAAAAGGGCACCCGGUUUCGCCCGUUGUCUUUUGAGGUGCCCAAGCCUCUGUUUCCAGUGGCUGGAGUGCCAAUGCUACAGCAUCACAUUGAGGCCUGCUCUAAGCUUCCGAAUAUGAAGGAGAUCUUGCUUAUUGGCUUUUACCAGCCCAAUGACGAACUAAACAGAUUUUUGUCAUGUGCCCAACAAGAUUUCAAAAUCUCAAUAAGAUACCUUCAGGAGUACGCUGCUCUGGGCACCGGAGGAGGAAUCUACCAUUUCAGAGAUCAGAUUCUGUCUGGCAGUCCAGAAGCAUUUUUUGUCAUGAAUGCUGAUGUGUGCUCAGAGUUUCCUCUGCCAGAGAUGCUGGACUUCCAGAAAGAGCACGGAGACGCUUACAGUUUUGUCAUCCUAGGCACCACGGCCAACAGAACACAGUCCCUGAACUACGGCUGCAUUGUUGAGAAUGAACAAACUAAUGAGGUCUUGCAUUAUGUCGAGAAGCCCAGCACGUUUGUGAGUGACAUAAUCAACUGUGGAAUAUACCUGUUCACUCCAGAGAUAUUCCAGCACAUCGGAGCAGUUUUCCAGAAGAACCAACAGGACAUGAUGUUAUAUUAUGACCAGGGAGAGGAACAGUCCAAUGGCUGGCAUCGGGCAGAGGUGAUCCGUCUGGAGCAGGAGAUCUUUACGGCACUGGCAGGCCAAGGCAAAUUAUAUGUGUACAAAACAGACCGCUUUUGGAGCCAAAUCAAAUCUGCAGGAUCUGCGAUCUAUGCAAGCCGUUUGUAUCUUAAUCAGUAUCACAAAACACAUCCAGAGAGGUUAGCUACUAAUAGAGAAGGAGGGCCAAAGACCAGAGGAAAUGUUUAUAUACAUCCAACUGCCAACAUCGAUCCAACUGCUGUGUUAGGUCCCAAUGUGUCCAUAGGAACAGGCGUAACGAUUGGUGCAGGAGUGCGUGUGAGGGAGUCCAUCAUCCUCCAUGGUGCUACUUUACAGGAUCACAGCUGCGUUUUGAAUAGUAUUGUGGGCUGGGACAGCACCAUUGGCAAAUGGGCCAGAGUGGAAGGGACCCCUAGUGACCCAAAUCCUAAUGACCCAUUUGCCAAAAUUGACAGUGAGACACUGUUCAGAGAUGGAAAACUAACACCAUCUAUUACAAUUCUAGGCUGUAAUGUAAAUAUCCCAUCUGAGGUCAUCAUACUCAACUCCAUUGUCCUGCCACAUAAAGACCUCAACAGAAGCUUCAAAAACCAGAUCAUACUGUAGUUUCAGUUAUUUUUACUUGUCAUUUUCAUACAAAUAAAACAGGUAUUUGAAAUGAAAAUGGAUGGAUGAAAUGGAUGAAUCAUCUGAAUAUAAAAUGUCUGCCACUGUAUUGUGCAUAUGGAUUUAUCAUUGUACAAUUAUCUCGUCAAAGCUGAAUAAAACAAAUGCAGAAA